AUGUCAUCGUUUCCGCUGGACUACGAGUACCCAUCAUCAAGCGUUCGUGCGACCAUUGCACCAGAAGAUGAAUAUGAUGAACCAUCUGCCGGUUUUCAUCUGCUCGGGGAAAUCACCAUAGCUCCGUCAAUCGUUGCUGCAGCAGCAUUGGUUAGGAAAUCAUCCUCAUCGUCAAUUAUAGGGAAACUCAAGAUGAAGUUGAAGAGCAGUCAAGCUGGACGACCUGUACUAGCUGUACGUGAAAAAGCACACCAGGAUACAUUACGAGAAGACUUCAUAGCAGCCGUUACGCGUGACCCGAUCUCAGCCUUUCCUGGCGCAGCGAUGGUGCCCUAUAGCGGGGAUGCGUUGAAGUUGUCGGCUGCGCUAGAAGGGUAUUGGACGGGAAAGAGAAUGAACAUGACAAAGGACUUUGUUGAGCAUCCUGUUUUAGACCAACGCACGUCGUUCAAGAAUCUCUUUGCUUUUGAUCUUCCGGAGGACGAUAACACGGAAGAGACAUCUUCUACAUCCAUCAUAGUGGAUCCAAGCAAGCUGAAUCUUCUGGGGGGAUCAUGCUCUUCGGUAGCGCUUGGCCUUGCUGAAGACACGAAUUUUCAGAUGGUGCUCGGGAACUUGCUUCGUGAGUGUAUGCCACAGCAAAGCUUGAGGCACCAACCUCCUCACGCUUUGAAACAGUGUCUCGCGGUGGAGUUGGGUAAGGAAGCUCAGAUUAGUGCCGCACGCUCUCCUUCCAGCAUGACAUAUCCGUUGUUAAUCAAUUGGGGCGACAAGCUCUUCCGUAUGCCAAAAACGCAAAGUUUAGUAGUGUUGUCGCAGUUGUUCAACGAAGAUGGGCGGAAAAGUAGAAAGAGGACCUCCACUGCUUCUUCUAGUAGCACAGGCGCAUCAGCUGCUCGUUGUUUGCAACCGGGGUUCAAUCCUAACAGUGGAGAAUACACUGAUCCGCGUGAGGGCGAACUUCGUUUGCUAGAUGGGGUUUUGGUUCUUGUGGACGUGAACCGACUCUGUCGUGCUUCAGGGCGCGCAUCGAGGGCAUCAUCUUCGUCGAGAUCUACUAGUAGAAGGAAGUCGAGAAGUACAAGAAGGUCCUCUCGUGCUACUGUCAGCAAUUUUUCUACUAGGGAUACUGUUGACGUGGAGGACGCUCUAGAACUAGAUGAUGUCAGCGAUGAACAAGAUGAUGAUGAAAUGAAGGACGGACAAGCUGCAAGAGCCUCAAGCUCAACUUCAGAAAUGAUCGACGUUGAUAAAUUGUUGAAAGAGACGCCGGGUUUUGAUGACAGUGGGCGUUCUACUGUGGAUUCUCGUGCCUCAAGCUGUAGGUUCAUGCGCGCAACGAUUGACCUUAAAGAGCUGCUGGCUGCAAGGGAGACCAGAAUGUCUUCUAGGGAAAGUGAUGGUGAUCCUAGCAUGGCGAACGAGAACGUCGGUAUUAGAGCAACGAUUGAUGUUGAAACCUUGUUAGACGACGAGGUGGACCACGGUUCUGAUGGAGACACGGAUGAGGAGAGCAACAGCAAAAGUUCUG